AUGCUUGAUUACGGGAGUAGAGAUGCUGCCACCAUGCUUGGCUAUGCGUUUCUCAUAGCCCUUCCAGUCUGGUAUUUAACGACAUAUCUCCUCUCCCCGCUACGCCGUUAUCCCGGUCCCUUUCUCGCAGGCUGGACAAACCUAUGGCGUAUGUUACAUGUUCGCCAAGGAAAUAACCAUGUUGUCAUCCACGAGCUACACAAAAAGUACGGCCCCGUGGUGCGCAUUGGCCCUAACGUGCUCGACCUGGAUAUCCCCGAGUUGAUCAAGACAAUUUACAAUAUCAAAUCGGAGUAUUUAAAGACCGAGUUUUAUCAUGGCAGUAGUGCGAAGAACAACGGCAAGAUCAUCUACAAUCUCUUCAGCGAGUGCGAUCCCAAGUUGCAUGCACAGCAGAAGCGGCCCGUCUCGAAACAUUAUUCCAUGACUGGGAUUCUUCCACUGGAGCCCCAUAUUGAUGAUAUGAUUUCCUACUUGUGUCAACGUCUGGAGGAGAAAUUCAUCGAUGGAUCCAACCAAACUGGAACGUGCGACUUGGGCGAAUGGAUUGCAUAUUAUACCUGGGAUGUGGUUGGCAAUGCCACUUUCAGCCAACCCAUUGGAUACCUGGAAAAAGGGUAUGACUUUGACAAGACCCUGAGUAUCGCGAAUGUCGCCAUGGACUACUUUUCCCUGGUGGGACAAAUGCCAAUUCUGGAUCAUUUGUUAGAUAAAAACCCCAUCUACCGAAUUGGCCCGCCGUCCUUCGGAACCGUCGCCAACAUAUCAAUCCAGCACCUCACGGACCGGCUUCAGAACAAGGACACCGACUACCAUGACCCCAGCAAGCCCGAUUUUCUGGACAAAUUCAUCGAGGCCAAGGAGAAAUUCCCAGAGGUGGUGGACGACUCGCAAAUCAUCUCUUACCUGAUGAAUAACAUGGUUGCAGGAGCCGACACAACAGGCGUCACCAUUAACGCAGCAUUGUACUUCUCCUUGAAACAUCCUCACGUCUGGGAGCGUCUAAGAACCGAGAUUCCCGCCCACGACCAUACCGCUGGAAACAAGGUGGUCUCCUUCAAAUUCGCCAAGCAGUUCCCAUACCUAGAUGCCGUGGUACGGGAAGCAAUGAGAUGUCAUCCCGCGGUCGCCAUGCUCCUGGAGCGAUACGUACCAGAGGGUGGACUUGCCCUUCCCGAUGGAAGCCUCGUUCCUGCAGGGUCGAUCGUUGGCAUGAAUCCCUACAUUGUAGGGCGCAAUCCGUCUGUCUGGGGUGAAGAUGCCGAGGAGUUCCGUCCGGAGAGAUGGCUCCGCGGUGAGUCGGAGACUGAAGAUGCACUCCAGAAACGUUUGCAAUCAAUGAACAAGCUCGACCUCACUUUUGGCGGCGGAAGCCGUAUUUGUCUAGGGAAGCACCUUGGUCUGCUGGAGGUGUUUAAGGUGAUUGCGACUCUCGUGUCACGGUACGAUAUCAAGCUGGCUCAUCCGGAGAAGGAUUGGACGACGCAUAAUAGCUUUUUUGUGCGACAGGAGGGUGUCGAGGUGAAGCUUGCUCGCCGGAGUUGA